AUGGCGCAUGUUCAGCUUUCGCCCUUGAUAGGAUUCCACGCACGCUCCUCCAAAGAUGCGCCUGGCUUUGGCUUUGGACUUGGUUCCAGCAACAUGUCGUCCCAAUCCUGGACCACUUCUCCCUUCCAAUCGACACAGGCUUCUACUCUCAAUCAGCUUGCAUCAACCUCCUUAUUCACCAAUGCCACUCAUAGACCGCAGAAACGAAGACAUGAACCUGAGGAAUCUGAAAAUUAUCGACAAGAUGAGGUCAUGGACCGAAGUCCAACCCCAGAGCGCCCUAAAAGGGCGGCUCCGAAGAGGCUUCGUACAAUACCUUCAGACUCGGCGUCCAAGGAAGAUGGUACAUCGACUGACUCUAGCUCUAGACAUGCGACAGAGGAUAAAGACAUCGACAUAGGAGUUUUGCUUGCUACCCUUCCUCCUCAAUCCCUACUACCCAUCCUAACAUCACUCAUCAGGUCGCAGCCGUCAUUAAAAUCCGCGAUCCUUCCUCUAAUUCCUCACCCCACUGUGGAAACCGCUACGCAGGCAUUGGCAGAGUCUUCCAAGAAACUCCGGGAGGCUUAUCCAUAUUCCAAUAAUAAUUCAUUCUCAACUUCCACCUCCCUCGGAUUCGGAUUUGGAACCGGCUCAGGUAGUAGUGGCAUGAGUGAAUCUUAUAUUCAGUCUCGCUUGCGACCUCAUAUAAACGAAUUUGUUUCCACCUUCACGUCGUAUCUUCCUUACUUUACGUACCGCUCCGCUGCCUCCUCUCCAUCCACUCUGUCUACCCAGAACAAACCACAUCCCACAGAAGUAUUCUUUUUCCUGUCGAAUCCACAACUUGCUCAGAACGGCAUAGAGCCCCUGCUGCUGUCAAAACUAUCUGAAGAGUGGAACGCAUGGGUGGCUCGGGUCGAUGUUGUCGUUAAUCGGGAGGGAGGAAUGUUUGGAAGUGAUACGGUCCAUGGCUGGGUUCAACGUCUAGACGAAUUCGCAGCGAAGGAUUCCCAAAUCGGUCAUGUCAUGCGAGGAGUGAGGGAUCAGUGGAUCGGACGAGUGGGCUGGCUAGUCGGGCGCACACACCAACACCCGAUGGAGUCGUAG